UUGUGGUGCAGGUGCCGCGGAGCCAGCCGGGAGGACCUCGGGACCGUACCGGAUCCUAAUGGACUCAGUGGUCUUUGCAGAUGUGGCUGUCGACUUUACCGUGGAGGAGUGGGCUUUGCUGGACUCUGCUCAGAAGAACCUCUACAGGGAUGUGAUGCUGGAAAACUUCCAGAACCUGGCCUCAGUGGAUAAUGAGACACUGUUUACAGCCAGUGGGCCCAUUACUCAGCAGGAUAUCUAUGAGGAAAAAAUACCUAACAAAGAGAAAAUAGCAAAAUUCACAAGAAAUAAUUCUUGUAUCUACAUUUUAGCAAAAAAUGGGGAUGACCAGAGCAUUGAAGAUGAGCAACAAAACCAUGGGAGACCACUGAGGAAUCAUAUGGAGGACAGGUUCUGUGAACGUAGUGAUGGAAAUCAACAUGAAGAAACCUUCAUUCACAUUCCCAAUCUUAAUCUGCAUAAACCCAUUUCUAUGGGAAUAAAACCAUAUGAAUGCACCAAGUGUGGAAAAGGCUUCACACAUCUUUCUUCCCUUAAGAAACAUGUUAAAGCUCACCGUGGACAUAAACCAUCUCAGUGUCAGGAAUGCAAACAGGGCUACAUUUGUGCCUCACACCUAGGAACUCACUCUGGGGAGAAACCCUAUGGAUGUAAAUUAUGUGGGAGAACCUUUCCUUACUUCUACUGCCUCACUCAACACAUCAGGAUGCACACUACAGAGAAAAAUUAUGAAUGCCAGCAGUGUGCAAAAUCCUUCAAUGAACUCUCCAGUCUUUCUAGACAUGUGAGAACUCACACAGGAAAGAAGCUGUAUAAAUGUCAGGAAUGUGGGAAAGCCUUCAUUUAUCCCUCAGAACUUCAAAGGCAUAUGAUAACACACACUGGGGUGAAGCCCUAUGAAUGUAAAGCAUGUGGGAAAACUUUUCGUCAUUCCUAUUCCCUGACCCGACAUGUAAAAAUUCACACUGCAGAGAAAACCUAUGAAUGUAAGAAAUGCGGGAAAGCAUUCAGUUGGCCUGAAACCUUUCAAGCCCACGUGAGGACACAUACUGGAGAGAAACUCUAUACCUGUGAAAGCUGUGGGAAAGCUUUCAGUUCUCCCAAGUCCUUCCAAGGACAUGUGAGAACUCACACUGGAGAGAAACCUUACAAGUGUAAACAGUGUGGAAGAGCCUUUACUUGGUCCUCAAACUUUCAAGAACAUGUGAGAAUUCAUACUGAAGAGAAGCUGUAUAAAUGUGAAAAAUGCGGGAAAGCUUUCAAUUCUUCCAGAUCCUUUCAAGGUCACAUGAGAACCCACACAGGAGAGAAGCCUUAUGAGUGUACACAAUGUGGGAAAGCCUUCAGUUGGUCCUCAUCCUUACAAAAACAUGGGAGAAUGCACACUGGAGAGAAACCCCACAAAUGUAAACAGUGUGGAAAAGCCUUCAAGUGGCCCUCAUCAUUUAGAAACCAUGUAAAAAUGCACACUGGAUAGCAACACCUUGAAUGCACGUAUUCCUCAAAAGCUUUUGGUUAAGACAUUCUUUCUAGACAGGAAUCUUGUAACUUUAAAUAAUGUUGGAAAACAUCUACUUAUUAUAUAAUGCUCCAGGAAAUUCAU